CCUGAUCUAAUCGUAUUAACUGAUCGUACACUCUACUACAGUUCAAGUGAUCAAUGCUUUCGAUGUUCUUUAAUAUGCCCACCCUGUCCACCCCCACAAAUUCCACCUGAUCCGAGUUAUCCUUGUCCAACUCCUUGCACAUUGAUAACGUGCUCUUUACCACCACCACGGACCAGGAGACCAAAAUUAAGUUGCAAAGCAUACUUUCCGAAAAUUGAACCUAUCAAAGCUAUCAGAUUCGCACCAGCCGCUAAUCCGCCUCAUGGUUGCGGACAAUGGACAAAUCUUACUUAUCGUCCGAUAAUUCAAGGUGGUUUCAGUUAUUACGGUGUUGAUAAAUUAAUUCCACGUGGUCCACCACCUGGACCGCCUGUUCUUUGCCGACCAACUCCUGUCAAACCUUCCGAUUCACCUGGUAUGAUAGUCUAUAGUGCUCCGUAAAUGUUCUUAUAAUUCAUUAUUAUGAAAAAAUUUAUUUAUCAAAUGUUAUUAAUAUAUGCUUAAAAAGAAAAAGAAAAAAUUAUUAAUUUUUUAAAUUAUAA